ACUUUUAAAGCAUAUAAUUGCUUGCUCUUCCAUUUAACAGUUUUGCGCUAGGCCUUAACCUUACAUUAUUUAAGUUGUAUAAUUUAUCCUUAUGGUUAGAGAAACAAAAUUUUACGAAACUUUUGGUGUUUCGCCUAACGCUUCUAAGGACGAAAUUAAAAGGGCAUAUAAAAAGUUGGCUCUUAAGUAUCAUCCUGAUAAGAAUCCAGGCAAUGCCGAGGCUGCAGCUAAGUUUAAGGAAAUUUCAUAUCAAUUUUCUGUUCUUGAAGAUGACAAGAAACGAGCGCUUUAUGAUAAAUUUGGGGAACAGGGUAUAAAGGAAGGAGGUGCAGAUCGUGCGGGUUUUAGCGCCACAGACAUAUUUAGUCAUUUUUUUGGAGGAGUAUUUGACGACGCAAGAGGCCCCCAGCGAUGUGCUGAUGCUGUGCAUCAGUUGGAACUAACUUUAGAACAAUUUUAUACCGGCUGCACUAAGAAACUAGCUAUAAAGAAAAAUGUUAUAUGUUCUUCUUGUGAUGGGAAAGGGGGUAAAAACGUGCGGGAAUGUUCGCAGUGUAACGGACGUGGUCAGGUUACUAUGCAUCGCCAGAUGGGUCCGUUCUUACAGCAAGUCACGACCGCCUGUACUAAAUGUGAGGGCUCUGGAGAGUCUGUUUCUCCCAAGGAUAGGUGUAAAGUUUGUAACGGCAUGAAGAUCACCCAAGAGCGGAAGGUAUUUGAGGUUGUGGUGACUCCGGGCAUGCGGGACAAAGAAAAAAUAGUUUUUGAGGGGGACGGCGACCAGCAGCCCGAUUGCGAACCCGGCGACAUCGUGAUUGUGCUGCGCCAAAGAAAGCACCCCGUCUUUCAACGACAAGACCUGGACUUGCUUAUGGAGGUGGAACUUCUUCUCUUAGAGUCUCUCUGUGGGUUUUCCAAAUUACUUGUCCACCUGGACGGUCGGAAACUUUGCUUCGGAACGAAUCCGGGCGAGGUCAUUGCCCCCGGUUCUUACAAGUGCAUCCCGGAUGAGGGCAUGCCGCAUCCCCGAUAUAGGAGCAACAGAGGCCAGAUCGUCAUCCUCUUUAAGGUCAAGUUUCCCGAGUAUUUACCCCUCGCCAGUGUCGCUGCCAUUGAGUCCACCCUCGGCCCUCGAGAAUCCGACGUGAACAAAACCGUUAUGGAUGCCGCCCAGCGUGUUCAUCUCUCUGAUUACCGACAAUCCCAGAGGAGCAACUCUUAUGAAGAUGACGACGAGAGCGAGCAACGGGGCCGUCACCAAGGGGCCCAGUGCCAUGCGCAGUAGCUUCCGAGUUUAUCUUCUCAGGAGCAUCACACAGGCGGCUACGGGUAUUGAAGGCGACCACAUUUUACUUGCUAUUGGAGCGGAUUUCUUAUUUAAACGCAAUGCGUUUAAUACUAAAUUACUUUGCUAACAAAACCAUCUUUUCCCUAAAAGUAUAUAAAUUAAUAAA